GGAGGUAGGGAAUGGAAUGGCGAGAGAUAUAUCACGAUAUAUAUUACAAACCACCUCGCCUUCAGGGUAAACAUCAUUAUACAGUGGAUAUUAAAACUAAAAGGGAUGAGAGUGACACGUUCAGAAAAUAAUAUGGCAGUACCUGCGAGCGGGUGAGAUGAGGAAACGGUAUGUAGCUAAUAGCCCUAAUCUGUGGGAUAACACAAGGAUUGUUCAUAGCAGUAAACUCUGGGGUAGUAUUCAGCAUGGAUCAGAAAUGAAUGUAUAAGGUUGCGUGUUUUGCUCCUUAUGGGAAUCCAUAGAACAUCAAACAGAUGUCAAACGACUGUACCGGAUGGGGUUUGCGUGUUGGGAGGAUUCGAAGACGCGUACACGUGUCGCUUGAUCUGCGCGCGGAGGUCAAUCUGCAUACAUUUGACUGUAGCAAUGAUUGUAGCCUAUAAGGCGUGUUUCUCAAUUGCAUAUGCUAGUAGUUUACAGUAGUCUACAUUAGGCUAUUAUAACAACAAAUGCGUUAUAAAGGGGGCUUUUGGACACCAGAUUAAUUAAACACGUGGACAGCAAUCCCGAAUUGCUAAAGUGAAUGGACAGCCACAGUGCAAUGAAAACAUCACCAUAGGAAUAAACACAAACAUGGAAAUAAACAACAGACAUUCAAUCAAAUAAUUUAAGAAUUAUAAUCAUAUGAAAACCACUACUGAAGGUGCACUACUUUUAACCUAAAGUACUUUCCAUAAUUGUUAUGCUAUUUCUGUCUAUACAUUUUAAUUUAAUGUGUGUGUUAGCCUACAUUUUAAAAAGUGGGCUACAAUUAAAAUUCGACUAGCCUACUUCAGGCUCCUCUCUAUAGUCCAAUGUAUUAAGGACAUUAGGACAUGCUGGUACCUUCAGGAACUUGCUUCAUUAGCACUUGCUAGAGCAGCUGUUUAGGGUACAGGGCCAGAUGUUAGUUGGGCGGAAUGGGUUUUUGGUUUGUGAGUUGAGCAGACUAGAGGCUUUGUCGCUCUAGUGAAGAGGAGCGAGACGGGAGUGUUCUUGGCCAGUGUACCGCAGGCAGCCAGUGCCACGCGGGAACUCCAUGCCCUGUACCGUACCCUGGAGACACCAGGCGACCACACUGGGGCCACGAGACCAGGUGAUACUACUCCAAAGCACGCGACUCGCGUGUUCCCGCCACUGCCAUGGAUGACUCUGGAAUCAUUCGACGUCGGAGGCUCCAGAAGGAUCUGCCUCUGCCCCGAAAAAGUAGCAGUUGCCGGACCAGUAACCGGAAGAGCCUCAUUCUAACCAGUACAUCACCCACUCUCCCUCGACCACACUCACCUCUCCCUGGACACAUAGGAAGUAGUCCAUUGGACAGCCCAAGGAACUUCUCCCCCAGUGGCCCUGCCCACUUCUCAUUUGCCUCCUCUAGAAGGGCGGACGGUCGAAGAUGGUCCCUGGCCUCUCUCCCCUCCUCUGGUUAUGGCACCAACACACCCAGCUCAACGUCCUCCUCCUCGUCACAGGAGCGGCUGCACCAGCUGCCCUUCCAGCCCACCAUGGAUGAGCUGCACUUCCUGUCCAAGCACUUCGGCAGCACCGAGAGCAUCACCGACGACGACGGGGGCCGCCGCUCGCCACACGUGCGCCCCCGCUCCCGAAGCCUCAGAUUGAUUGUCUAUCACUCUUUUUUGUCAAUCUGCCUCUCUGUCUCUGUCUCGUUCUCUCUCUUCAGCCCGGGGCGCUCACCGUCUUGCUAUGACAACGAGAUAGUAAUGAUGAACCAUGUCUACAAGGAGCGCUUCCCCAAGGCUACAGCCCAGAUGGAGGAGCGUCUGUCAGAGUUCAUCCAGAACUUCUCCCCAGAGAGCGUGCUGCCGCUGGCUGACGGGGUCCUCAGCUUCAUCCACCACCAGAUAGCAGAGCUGUCCAGAGACUGCCUGACCAAAUCACAGGAUGGACUCAUCACAACGGUGUAUUUCUUUGAGCUGCAGGAGAAUCUGGAGAAGAUGCUCAACGACGCCUAUGAGCGUUCUGAGAGCUCUGAGUUGACCUUCGUCACUGAGCUGGUCAAAAAGCUCUUCAUCAUCAUAUCUCGUCCCGCCCGGCUUCUGGAAUGUCUGGAGUUCAACCCAGAGGAGUUCUAUCACCUGCUGGAGGCAGCGGAGGACCACGCCAAGGAGGGACACCUGAUGAAGACGGACAUCCCUCGCUACAUCAUCAGCCAGCUGGGUCUGACCCGGGACCCUCUGGAGGACAUUGUGAGCAUGGACAACUACUAUGACAGUGAAGGUCCCCACACCCCAGAGCCAGACGAUUCUGCAGAGGGGAAGAUGAAAGCCAUGAAGCCGCCAAGUGAAGAAGACUUUCAAACCAUCAAGCUGAUCAGCAACGGAGCAUAUGGUGCGGUGUACCUGGUACGUCACAGGGAGACCCGUCAGCGUUUUGCCAUGAAGAAGAUCAACAAGCAGAACCUGAUCCUGAGGAACCAGAUCCAGCAGGCCUUCGUAGAGAGAGACAUCCUGACCUUCGCUGAGAACCCCUUCGUGGUCUCCAUGUUCUGCUCCUUCGAGACUCGCAGGCACCUCUGCAUGGUCAUGGAGUAUGUUGAAGGGGGAGACUGUGCCACUCUGCUGAAGAACAUCGGGGCGCUGCCCGUGGAACUCACCAAAAUGUACUUUGCAGAGACCGUGCUGGCACUGGAGUACCUACACAACUAUGGCAUCGUGCACCGAGACCUCAAGCCUGACAAUCUUCUGAUCACCUCUAUGGGCCACAUCAAGCUGACCGACUUUGGCCUGUCUAAGAUGGGUCUGAUGAGCCUCACCACCAACCUGUACGAGGGACACAUCGAGAAGGACGCACGCGAGUUCCUGGACAAACAGGUGUGUGGCACCCCAGAGUACAUAGCCCCGGAGGUGAUCCUAAGACAGGGCUACGGGAAGCCGGUGGACUGGUGGGCCAUGGGCAUCAUCCUCUAUGAGUUCUUAGUGGGCUGUGUGCCCUUCUUUGGAGACACGCCUGAGGAGCUCUUUGGACAGGUCAUCACAGAUGACAUAGUGUGGCCUGAUGGAGAUGAGGUCCUGCCUGCUGAUGCCCAGGGACUGAUAUCAACCCUGUUACAGACCAAUCCACUGAUGAGGCUGGGUACAGGGGGAGCGUUUGAGGUGAAGCAGCACUCGUUCUUCUCUGACCUGGACUGGAACAGUCUACUGAGACAGAAGGCAGAGUUCAUACCUCACCUGGAGUCAGAAGAGGACACCAGCUACUUCGACACCCGUUCAGAUCGUUAUCACCACAUCAAUGCGUACGAUGAGGAUGACACCAACGAUGAUGAUGAGCCUGUUGAGAUCAGACAGUUUUCCUCCUGCUCCCCUCGCUUCAGCAAGGUGUACAGCAGCAUGGAGCACCUGUCCCAGUUGGAGCAGAAGGCCCCCUCAGUGACUCGACGGGAACACAAGGGCUCCCGGGAGGACAACAGGGGGAAGAGAGAGAGUCUGGGAAGCUUCCCUAUCAGGGACAAGAGCUGGAGGACCGGUUCACCUGAGAUGAAGCGUCUGUCUGGUUCUGAGUCCCUCUACAUGGACGGUGACUCCAGCCCUCCCCUCGGGGCCCGGCGCCGUUUCUCCGCCCUCAUGGACACGCAUCGCUUCGCCUCACAGCAGGAGGACAACCCGGACCCCCUGACACGCCAGCCCCCUGUCAAGGCCAGGGGGACUUCACUGGAGGUGGCCUCCGUUCCCUCCACACCCCCCUCCACCCCCAGCACCACCCCUGACCCAAAGGAGGAACAUGUAGGAGAGAAACCACCAAGCCCAGGCGAGUCUCUGGGAGCCACGCCCACUCCAUCCACUACUCCUGGACCUACAUCAGCCAAUAGGGAGCUGGGGGCAGGACCUGUGUAUGACCCCCUGGGCCCCCGGGCCACGAAUGACCUGGUCCUCCGCAGGGCGAGACACCAGCAGAUGUCUGGAGACACAGGGGAGAAGAGGAACUCACGGCCUGGCAACAAGGUUAUCAAGUCAGCCUCGGCCACAGCCCUAUCUGUCAUCAUACCUGCAGUAGACCAGUACGUCCACAGUCACAGCUCCCCCUUGGCCAGCCCCAUGUCCCCCCGCUCCCUGUCUUCCAACCCCUCCUCCCGGGACUCGUCACCCAGCCGUGACUACUGUCCGGCCCCUGCCGUCAGCGUGCUGCGCUCUCCCAUCACCAUCCACCGCUCAGGGAAGAAGUACGGAUUUACCCUCAGGGCUAUACGGGUCUACAUGGGAGAUACGGAUGUUUACAGUGUCCAUCACAUCAUCUGGCACGUGGAGGAUGGAGGCCCCGCCCAGGAAGCAGGACUGUGUGCUGGUGACCUCAUCACCCAUGUGAAUGGAGAGUCUGUCCACGGAUUGGUCCACACGGAAGUGGUGGAACUCAUUCUAAAGAGUGGCAACAAGGUGACAGUGACCACCACACCGUUUGAGAACACCUCCAUCAAGGUGGGUCCGGCACGCAAGUCCAACUACAAGUGCAAGAUGGCCCGACGCAAUAAGAGGCCCAUCGGCAAAGAGGGACAAGAGAGUAAGAAGCAUAGCUCCCUGUUUAGGAAGAUCACUAAACAGUCUAACCUGCUCCACACCAGCCGCAGCCUGUCCUCUCUGAACCGCUCUCUGUCGUCCAGUGACAGUCUACCAGGUUCUCCCUCCCACAACCUGUCAGCCCGUUCCCCUACACAGCAGGGAUACAGGUCCACACCUGAGUCCUCCUACCUGGGUGUGUCCUCUCAGAGCAGCUCUCCUGCCUCCAGCACCCCCAACUCCCCUGCCGCCUCCCAGCACAUGCGCCCCAGCUCCCUGCACGGCCUCUCCCCCAAGCUCCACCGCCAGUACCGCUCGGCCCGCUGCAAGUCCGCCGGCAACAUCCCCCUCUCCCCCUUAGCCCACACACCAUCCCCCACCCAGUCCUCCCCUCCCCCACUCCCGGGCCACACCAUCGGUAGCUCCAACACCACCCAGACCUUCCCUGCCGGGGCAAAGCUCCACUCAUCACCACCCGUGGUCCGCCCCAGGCCCAAGUCCGCCGAGCCGCCCCGUUCCCCACUCCUCAAGAGGGUCCAGUCGGCAGAGAAGCUCACCUCGCCGCUGUCUCAUUCCCAGUCGUCGAGUGGUGGGGUGGGAGGACCUCUGAGGAAGCACAGCCUGGAGGUCCAGCACUCUGACUUGUACCGCAAGGACCAGUUCCACUGUUGCGAGCUGGGGCUCCAGAGUUUGUUGGAGACGGAAGGGGAGAAUCUACCACCUCUGAACCCCCCACUGCUGCCCUCCGCCCCAGGCUCCCAGGGUUCAUCUACAGGGGCAACUACCACGACACCAGAGACGGGGGUGCUCAAGCCGAUGAGGAAGUUAGGGAGGCAAGAGUCACCGCUGAGUAGGGAUACACUGCUGGCUGGUAGGGAGAGGGAAAGAGAGAGAGAGAGGAAGAGAGAGAGAGAAAGAUCGAGGGAGAGGGUGGGAGAGAUCAUUAUGGCUUAUAGCAACAGGACAACAACCGUCCCAGAGAGGUCACCUAACCGAGGAGGAGGAGCCACAACAGAUAAUCACCAAUCAUUAGUUAGAAAACCCUCAACCAGUGAGCAUACCUUUAGCCCUCAGAGUAGCCCCACCUACAGAGCCCAAUCCAGCCAAUCGCCAAAUCUGGAUUCCAUCAAAACUACAAGUCCCAUUACUCCCACUGGGUCACCAGGUAUCUUUAGGGGCCACCCAGAAGGAGCAGAGAAGAGCCACCGUCAGACAAACAUGUCUAUCAAGCAACAGAGCCUCCGAACGGCCGUGAGUACAAGCCCUCUCAGCCAAGACUCCCAGGAGAAUUACGGAGAGGACAGAACGGAACCAAAGCUAAAUGGAGACACCAAGGUGUGUCCUCCUCCCAGGCCCAGCAUGCCCUGUGGGGGCCCUCUAGGGAGAGGCACUAGUCCAGACAGAGGCAUGGGUAUGGGUGGAUCAUCAAUAACGUCAGGGUCUACAGGUAUGUUCAAGGCUAGUAGUAAACCAUCAGGAAUAGUAGGAGAGAGCCUGAGAAAGAAUGGAGCCGAGAACAAUGGCUCUCCAAGAACUUCAGAACUGGGGUUGAGAAGCCCCAAAAGCCCCAAACCUCCAGCCAGGGCCCUGGCUCCAGCUGUCCCACCCCACGGACAACCCCUCUCCCUGGGCAAGGUGAGGCAGGGCCUGGGGCCUGUCAACUGCUACCGAGGGACCCUGGACUGGGAGGAUAAAUGUCGGUUGGAGGUAGUGGAAGAACACUCUCCAUCCCCUUCCCCCUCCCCCACAGGCGUCACCCCCUCGCUUUGCGCACCCUCCUUCUGUCCAGGCAGGUCCAGGCCUGUUUCCCCCGGCGACAAGACCAGCUUUGUCACCCAGCUGACCAGUGCCGCUAAAUUAGUCCUGGGGCCUAUAAAGGGGUCAAUGGUGUCCCAGUCCCAGGAGGGGCCCAAGGGGAAGGAGCUGAAAGACAUGCCCAAGCCGGGUGAGGAGAAGCAAGGUGCCUCGGCAGGAAAGUCUGAGGCUUCGUCCGGACUCGGAGUCCGGAUGGUUGGCGGUGGCACCACAGUGGCCCAAAGUCCAGCUAACUCUGUUCCUCAGUCUGAUAAGGCGAACACAGGUAGCCACCCCCCCAAAUUGUAA